GCUAGCCAACACUUUUGCAUGCGCGCUUUGCAACACUAAACGCUUCAAAGAUGGCGUCACUUCUACGGUGUCUGUGUGAACGAUUCUAGUUGCCGCUGGAGAAAAUUCGUAAUUCUCGCAUAAAGCGCACCUGCCGGCUACAAAAAUCGAUUGAAAAGCGAACGUCCCAUAUUGCGGCGCGAUAAGCGGGUGAAAUUGUGGCAGUGCGUGCGCGAUAGACCGCUAGAAGAGCAGUGCAAAUUGGAAAUCCGGAUACACGAAGGUGUGUGUGUGCGUCGCUUUUUUUGUGCAGUUUUUAGCUGCAGUCGGCCAACAGUGCAACUCAAACAUUGUGUUCUAAAUUACAUAAAGCUGGGAAUUCCACCAAGAAGGCAAAUGAAAAAUGGGAUAAAAGAAAAAAAUUAGGCACACAAAAAGAGAUAGAGAGUGACAGGGAAGGAGAGAUGCAGAGCGAGCGAGAGGUCGAUAACGAUAGCUUUGUUUAGUUAUCGCCCUCGAUAGGAAACAAAAACGGGAGAAAAACGAACAGCAGCGGCGUCUUUCAGUACGCCGGUGUGCCCGUGCAGUGGACGGUAUUUAUGCAUUUUUGAGACUGCAGUGUGACCGUUUGUUGGAGAGAGCAGCCAGAAUUGAGAGCGUGACGCGCAACAACAGUUUCGGUGUGCAUGUGAUGCCAAAUAUCCAUAAAACGCAACAAGGAAAUCAGCAAACGCGAAUUACUAUGUGAAUGCAGCAAUCGGCAAUCAGCAGUUAGCCAGCAGCAGCCGCAGCUCUCCCUCAGUUAACCAAAUUGAUGUGCCAUUCAGGAGCAGCAGCGCAGAAAGAGGAUCAGAUCAGAUCAGAUCAGGUCGGAGCAACGUAGAAGCUAAGCGAGAGUAUUAACCAGAGUAAGGCGCAUCGCAAAUGCAACAAUCCCUCCAGUAAACAAUACAAAAAUCAACAACACAAGAAGCAAAGUAUAGCAAACAGAAGAAACAGUGUACAUACAACUGUAACGAAUUUAAACAACCAGCAAGCGGCUACAGAAGAGUAUAACACAUUUCACGCCCCCGAGUAACCAUUUGAUAAAUGCCAAGAUAAGUCGUUACCGCUUUAAUACCGCCGUCAACAUUACCCAGCAACAAAAGCUGAUCCAGCAACUCCAGCAGCAGCAGCAGGCGAUCGCUUUCAGGGGGAAGAAACAGAAGCAGAAAUUGCAGUUGCAGCAGCCGUUGCCGUUGCAGUUGCAGAUUGGUCAGGAAACGAACGGGCUUCGAGGAGGAGCAGAAGGAGAAGCAGAAGCAGAAGGAGUAGAGCUGUUGGGCUUACCCAAAGGUACCGAGAACAAUUGCAAGACGCCAAACUCAACCGCAAAAGUCGCCAACAUAACACAUAAAAUUUUCGGUUGGCUACGCAAAACACGCAACAAACGGCCAGUCGAGAUCCUCAACAGCGAUUUCGGCGAAGACGGCGACGAGGGCGUUGGCGAGGGCAAAGGCCAAGGCGCAGGCGAGGGAGGAGGAGCAGCUGCCAGUGCAGCUGGCGGUGCAGCCGAUCAAUUUUCAGUGGCAAGCGUUAAAAACAAAGCCGGCAAGCUGAAUACCACACAGACAGCCACGGAGACCGCCAUCGAUUCAAACGAACCCAAAUCUGAAAAGAUGUCAUCGGGCACGUUUGUGGAUCGAAUCGACCCGUUCGCCAAACGUUCGCUCAAGAAGAAGGGUAAAAAGAGUCAAGGUUCCUCGCGCUACAGAAAUUCUCAGGAUGUUGAGCUGCAGCAAUUGCCGCCGCUAAAAGCUGAUUGCUCCAGCCUAGAACAGGAGGAGCUUUUCAUAAGGAAGCUGCGCCAGUGUUGCGUGUCCUUUGACUUUAUGGAUCCCGUUACGGACUUGAAGGGCAAGGAGAUCAAACGGGCCGCGCUCAAUGACCUAUCCACCUAUAUUACACAUGGGCGCGGUGUGCUUACGGAACCGGUUUAUCCGGAAAUAAUUCGUAUGAUUUCUUGCAACCUAUUUCGCACGUUGCCGCCCAGUGAGAAUCCUGAUUUUGAUCCCGAGGAGGAUGAUCCGACACUGGAGGCGUCCUGGCCACACCUCCAGCUGGUGUACGAGGUCUUUUUGCGGUUCCUGGAGUCGCAGGAUUUCCAAGCAACUAUCGGCAAGCGUGUGAUCGAUCAAAAGUUUGUCUUGCAGCUCUUGGAACUUUUCGACUCGGAGGAUCCCAGGGAGCGGGACUUUCUGAAGACGGUGUUGCAUCGCAUAUACGGAAAAUUUUUGGGACUGCGGGCUUUUAUACGAAAACAAAUUAACAACAUAUUCUUGCGAUUCAUUUACGAAACGGAGCACUUUAAUGGAGUCGGUGAGCUCUUGGAGAUUCUUGGCAGUAUCAUCAACGGAUUCGCCUUGCCCCUGAAGGCCGAACACAAACAGUUUCUGGUUAAGGUCCUAUUGCCACUGCACAAAGUCAAAUGCCUGUCGCUCUACCACGCUCAACUGGCGUAUUGCAUUGUACAAUUCCUAGAGAAGGAUCCAUUCCUUACCGAACCGGUGGUGCGCGGCCUGCUUAAGUUCUGGCCCAAGACGUGUUCCCAGAAGGAGGUCAUGUUCCUGGGCGAGAUUGAGGAGAUCCUCGACGUGAUCGAUCCGCCGCAGUUUGUCAAGAUUCAGGAGCCGCUGUUCCGUCAGAUUGCAAAAUGCGUGUCGAGUCCACAUUUUCAGGUUGCUGAGCGAGCUCUUUAUCUGUGGAACAAUGAGUACGCCAUGUCGCUAAUCGAGGAGAACAACGCGGUCAUCAUGCCGAUCAUGUUCCCGGCCCUAUACCGCAUCAGCAAGGAACACUGGAAUCAAACCAUCGUGGCGCUCGUAUACAACGUUUUGAAGACGUUCAUGGAGAUGAAUUCGAAGCUGUUCGACGAACUCACCUCCAGUUACAAGGCGGAGCGGCAAAAGGAAAAGAAACGUGAGCGAGACCGCGAGGAGCUGUGGAAGAAACUGCACGAACUCGAAUCCAAUCGUUCUAGUGGGCGCACCGCCGGCGGCAGCGCCACGACAUCGAACAGCGCAGCUUCCGCGGCGUCAACGUCCCUGCAGCCACCCAGCUCCGCUGGCCUGAACUCUCAUCAGCAGCAGUCGAAUAGCGGCAGCAGCGGUAGCCUGUCCAGCGGCGGUGCCGGCGGCGACAAUAAUCCUGCGACCACAAAUGCGAAAAUCAAACAGGAUAAGGCGGACAAUUAAGCAACGCGAGGCGCGCCGGAAACUAACAAUAAAACCAACAUCAGUAAAAGCGUAAGCGUAACGCGUUAUCCGAUAUCCGUAAACGGCAGAGAGACAGCAAGCAACCACAUCUAAAGGAGAAAUAAAUAGUUAUACUAAACCACACAUAUGCUAAACCUUAAAACCAGAAAAUAUAAAACUAAAACGUAUACUCGAUUGACAAGACACCAACCAAGCUGACCGCCGGCUCGCUUGGGCGGCUGUUGAAGGAGGUAGAACCGAAAUCUGGAUCGGGAGCUGAAUCAGAUCCCAGGGCGUGUGUGUGUGCGCGGCAAUUAAGAAGCUUGAGUGCGGCAUUAAAGAAAUCUUUAUAAAUAAUGUAUCUUACACCUACAGCAACUCACAACAAACAAACACACACACACCACACACACACGUGCGCGACACGUAUAAAUAUAUAUUACAAAAGAAGAACAUAAUUAUUAAUUACGUUUAAGCGAAAACAAGUUGAAUAAAGAGAAAUCAUGUUAGUAAGUGAAAAGCAGCAGAGCGAUAACUAUAACGGAUUGACGAUUGUUGAAGCGCAUUGAAUAUUAUUAACUAAACAUAUUGCUAACUAGAUCCUAGCAUAGAUCUGCCAUCCUAUCCCCACCCACGAACACCACAACACCCUAAUCACCGAAAUGUUUACAUGCUAAGUAAUUGCGUUCAUUUGAAUUGAUUGUAAAAUAGUUGAAACUGCGCUGUAUCCUCAGACUUUAAUUAUAUAUAUUUUUUUUUAAAUUAACAAAUUGCUCCAUAGAACGGCGUGUCUUAGUGCAGACUUCCCACUGAAUUGUAUAUAAAUUAUUCGAGAACUGUGCUCCCCUUCACCCAGAAUGAAACUUUGUUACUUAGCUUUAAGUGUUGCACACUCCGUCAAGACUUCUCGAAAACAGAAAUUCCAACAAUACCCGCUAAAUGCCUGCGCAGUUACGAAGCCGAAUCUGUAUUCGAAUGUAGACAUGAAAGAAAAAACAAAAGCAAAAGCAAAGCCAAGUGUUAGUACAUUGUUGAAGUUGCUGCUAAACGGGCCAAGAUAGACAGGGAGCAGGCAAAUCUAUACAUAAUUAAGAACACAAUUGAAUACCAUACUAUACGAUAACGUACGAUAAACGCUGAUCUAUAUAAAUGUAUGUAAAGUGUGCGGAAGAUACACAAAACUAUAUCUCCCAGCUGAGGAAUAGGCGCAUGCGCGGAAAUCGCGAUGUACUCGGCAGAAAAUGAAUACAAAUAUUGAGCAUUGUAAAAAGGUUAAGCUAGAGAUACCAAUAACCAAGCGAAACGAUAGUUUAUAGAACAAGGUUAUGGCAAAUUCAGCUUGGCAUAGUCUGUCCCGCCCCAUACGAUAAUUGGCAUCUUGCGAUACAUUUCCACAGUCCACUCCAGGCUCGAUGCAACCACACAAACUAGAAAUUCGUUUCCAUAAAUGUAUAUCUCUGCGGAAAGCGGUCCAGUGUCGAGUACCAAAUAGUUUGCAAAUGCCUUUCAGACUCUUCUCAAUUGAAUACUAAUUUUCACUCCUCACGGAAAUGCGCACAAUUGUCAUUCGAUUUGCUAAACAAUAACUUCAAUUGUAAAUAAUGUAGCUAAGUUAAAACGGGCAAUACUUUGGGCCGCUUUCCCAGCAUCUCACUCACUCACACUUAGCCGCACUCAUGUAAGGAAAUAUAUAAAAUUUAUAUAUGAUGCUAUAAUAUGCUAUUCAUAUGUAUGUUUGUUCAUUCAACUCUCACGCCCAUUACAAAGUAUAGAAGCAUGCAUUAUAGGAGCAAAACUAUAGGGAAGCAAAUAGGACGAGAUGAAAGUAUCCACUAAUGAAUGUCACUCAUUAGGCGAAACCGCGAAAGUUCAUAUAAUAUUAAUGAUAAUUGUGUCUGUGAAUCGUGAGUUAUUAUACACAUAUAUGUAUACAUAUAUUGCAAACAAAACUGAAAAAUGCGAAAAAAAACUAAAAAAACAAAAAAAAUCUAAAGGAAACGUAAAAGUUAGCGUUAUUAUUAAAUAUGUUUGUAAAACGUCAACAAUAUGCAAGAAAGAUACAAGAAAUAAAGCGAUCGAAAGGCGCAUGGAGGAGGGCAUCAACUAAAGAUUGGUCGGCUAGAGCAGAGAGUAUAUUUCGAAAACACAAAUUGAACCUAUGGCCUAAAUACUAAGCAACGUGUGUAAGAAAGUUUUGCAUCUUUAUAUUAGCGUGUAAUUAAACAAACAAAUAGCUAAACGAAGCCCCAGCCUAAACAGCAACUACGACUAGAGCUACUACAAACUACCCACGAGUAUCAUCCACCCCCUUCCCAUUUAAAACACAAUAUCGAUCAGAUCGUUGCGUCUUACUGCCUUUCAAGAUCCCAAGAAGAACACCAAAAAUAAUGAAAAACAGGACUGUAGAAUGUUAAAACGCGAAGGCAGCACUUCCUGACCUGUUUGUUAUGCCAAUCCAGUAACACCAAACUCUGAUCCUAACUAGCAGAUCCGAAGCAAAAAACACUAGACACACGAAUAGGACCCAUCUCUAGUUAAAGUUGAUGUUUGCCUAGGAUGCCAAUCAGCAAAACAAAAGAACAUAUUCAAAUAACGCAAGUGUAAAAACGAAACCAGAAAUCACGUAAGCAACAAGAAUAAGAUUAAUAAAAACAUGUUGAAAAGGAAUGCCUAAUAAACGAUAAAAACAUAUUGUAUAAGUCAAGUGGUUCAAUGAUUAUUGCCUCUUCAUCAUUUUGUUUGUUUUGUGAUCAACACUUCUGUUGCACUCUGAGUUGAACUGUUUAGUCCGCAUUCAAAUUAAAUGGUAACUUUAACUAUAGUUUCUAUUAUUGUAUUUAUAUGUAUAAACAAAUGGAGCAUGUUAAUUCGUAACUGCAGAAGCUGCUUAGAGCCAGCUGAGCAAAGAGGUAUAAGCAAAAGCAAAAGCAAAACUCGUUAAGUACUUUUAGAGAGAAAACCCUGUACUACAAAGUGUACUACAACAAAUAAAGUCGCAUUAACAACGUUGCAUCAGAUCGAUCAGAAAACAUAAAAAGAUUUAACAAAUGAAAAUGCCGAAAAACGGAAAAGCUAGCGAAAGCAGCAACAAUAAGAGCAAAAUAGUUAAAGCGCUUAAACAAUAUAAACACUAUGGAUACUAACAAUGAAAUGAGAAUGGAGCCGAUGAAUACGGUUAAAUAUAUAUGUGAAUCAUGUAUUUUCUUAUGUUCUAGACUUGUAAAAAAACCUAUCGUAUAUGACACACAUGCUAUUAUUACGUUUAACUUUGAGUUCUUGUUCUGUAGGACGGUGUGCGAGGAUUUCGAUUCUUUUCCUUGGGUUUAAGGCACACUGCACCACACCACCCACUCACCCACACUCACCCAUACACACACCACACACACACACACACACACGACUAAACAAAAUCUUAUGCUGAGAGUAAAUAUAAAGAAA